CACAUUCUUUGAUCAACUCGCAACUCCACAUUCCUUCAUCAACUUGCAACUCCACAUUCUUUGAUCAGAACCAACAACCAUGCAGUUCUUCACGUUCCUAGGCCUCGCGACGCUCUGCAGUCUCGCCGCAGCGGGCGCCGGGUCAGGGUGCGAUCCCUUGACCGUAACCGUUACCCUUCCGCCGGUUACCGUAACCGUCACGGCUUUGACGACGAGCACGAUAGACACGACAUCGACGAUCGAUGUGACGAAGACGAAGACGAAGACAACCUUCGAAACGGAGACAGUCACUGGCGGUUACCACCACAGACACGGUGGCUGGUCUUAGGUGCAAUAGACACUCACACCAAGCGGGCCAUCCAGACUGGCGUCCGCAGGUACAACUACUGUGCGACGGAGAGCACGCCACUUGUGGGCAGUGAUGAAGAUGUGGCUGUGAUGGGAUGCGUUGGUC